UAAUAAGCUUGAAAGUGAUUUAGUAGUUGUUUUUAAAUGAAACAUACUUUAAAUGCUUUAAAAGUAGAAUUUCUUCAUUGUUAAAAUAUUUUGUUCACUUGUCAGACUUUUGGGGGAAAGCCUAAUUAAUUCAAGAUGGAGUUUUUAUUCAGAUGGUAAAGCAGCAAAAUUUUCAACAUUAAGUAGUAAAUUGAUAAUAAUUUCUGUUGCCAGCCUAAUAACUGUCUUCUUUGGAUGGUGCUACUAAUUCAACCUUCUAUUUUUUUCUCUCUCCUGAUCAUUUAGUCACCAAAAGCUUCAGGGCUAUGAAACAGAGCAAAGUGCCUCUUAAAAGUAAGAAUUUUCAAUUGAGAAGGAACCUCAGUGGUCUUUCUCCAAAGCUGUCACCUCAAGAUAAGAUCUAUUGCUUUAAACUUAUUAGAAAUUAAGCAGCCACAGGCAUUUCUAGGGGGUAGAGUGGGGAAAGAAACUCUCCAAGUUGUCCCAUGUGUAAAGGGAACCCCUUUCUCCCCAGGAUCCUGUAUUUCCUGCUCCUAGGAGCCCCAGCCCAUUAUCAACCAGGAGCUAGGUGCUACAGGUCCAGGUCAGAGAGACUUUGAUUGGUUCCUGAGAUGUGGUAGACCAAUGCAGAAGGAAAGGAGGUCAGAUCACAGAGUCCGAGAUGGAAGGGGACCUGGGAGCCCACUUAGGCCGACCUAUAUGGCAACUGCUUUUGCUGGGAUUUUGCACUGGAGUCACAUAACAAGUCUCUUUGAAAAUGAUCGUCAUUUUUCUCACCUCUCAACACUGGAAAGGGAGAUGGCUUUUCGAACUGAAAUGGGUCUUUAUUAUUCCUAUUUCAAAACCAUCGUAGAAGCUCCUUCAUUUUAUAAUGGAAUGUGGAUGAUUAUGAAUGACAAGCUAACAGAAUAUCCUCUUGUGAUUAAUACAUUGAAACGUUUUAAUCUUUACCCAGAGGUGAUCUUAGCGAGCUGGUAUCGUCUCUACACCUGGAUCAUGGGCUUGAUUGGCGUUCAGACCAAGAUAUGCUGGACUGUUACCCGAGGAGAAGGGCUUAGUCCUGUAGAAAGCUGUGAAGGAUUGGGAGAUCCUGCUUGCUUUUAUGUCGCUAUGAUUUUUUUGUUAAAUGGACUAAUGAUGGCUUUAUUCUUCAUCUAUGGCACAUACUUAAGUGGGAGUCGACUAGGAGGCCUCAUUACAGUAUUGUGUUUCUUUUUCAAUCAUGGAGAGUGUACACGUGUGAUGUGGACCCCUCCUCUUCGUGAAAGUUUCUCAUAUCCAUUCCUUGUGCUUCAAAUGUUGCUUGUGACUCAUAUUCUCAGGGCUGCAAAUGUUUAUAGAGGAAGCUUGAUUGCCCUCUGCAUUUCAAAUAUUUUUUUCAUGCUUCCUUGGCAGUUUGCUCAGUUUGUCCUUCUCACACAGAUAGCAUCAUUAUUUGCUGUGUAUGUUGUGGGUUACAUUGAUUUAUGUAAAUUAAAGAAGAUCAUCUACAUCCAUAUGAUCUCGCUAGCACUUUGUUUUAUUUUGAUGUUUGGAAACUCAAUGUUGCUAACUUCUUAUUAUGCUUCUGCUUUGGUUAUUAUCUGGGGCAUCCUGGCAAUGAGACCACACUUCCUGAAAGCAAAUGUGUCUGAACUCAGCUUGUGGGUUAUUCAAGGAAGUACUUGGUUAUUCGGAACAGUCUUAUUGAAGUACUUGACCUCUAAAAUCUUAGGCAUUGCUGAUGAUGCUCACAUAAGCAACCUGCUAACGUCCAAAUUCUUCAGUUACAAAGAUUUCGACACUUUAAUGUACACUUGUGCUGCAGAGUUUGACUUCAUGGAAAGAGAGACUCCAUUGCGGUACACAAGGACCUUGCUACUUCCGGUUGUCCUUGUGGUAUUUGCAGCAAUUGUUAGAAAGACUGUUAGUGAUAUUUUGUGUGUGUUGUCUAAGCAGCGUACACAUAUGAGAAAGCACCAGUUCGAUCACGGCGAGUUGGUUUAUCAUGCAUUACAACUAUUAGCUUAUACAGUUCUGGGUAUUUUAAUUAUGCGACUGAAACUGUUUCUGACACCACACAUGUGUAUCAUGGCUUCUUUGAUCUGCUCAAGACAGCUCUUUGGAUGGGUCUAUUGCAAAGUGCACCCCAGCACGGUUGUGUUUGCCGUAUUGGCCAUCAUGUCAGUGCAGGGCUCAGCCAACCUGCAGCACCAAUGGAGCAUCAUCGGGGAGUUUAGCAAUUUGCCACAGGAAGAACUCAUAGAAUGGAUCAAGUUUAAUACUAAACCAGAUGCCGUUUUUGCUGGAGCCAUGCCUACGAUGGCAAGCGUCAAGCUUUCCGCCCUCCGACCCAUUGUGAACCACCCACAUUAUGAAGAUGCGGGCUUGAGGGCAAGAACAAAAGUUGUAUACUCAAUGUAUAGUCGAAAAACAGCAGAAGAAGUGAAGCAGGCACUAUUCAAAUUAAGAGUGAACUAUUACAUUCUAGAAGAAUCAUGGUGUGUAAGAAGAACCAAGCCUGGUUGCAGCAUGCCCGAGAUCUGGGAUGUGGAAGAUCCUUCCAAUGCUGGCAAAACCCCUUUAUGCAGUCUCUUGGUAAAGGACUCAAGACCUCAUUUCCCCACCAUAUUCCAAAACAGGAUUUACAAAGUCUUGGAAGUUAUUAAAGAACGAUGAAUGCUACCUAAACUGCUCUAGUGGAAAGAACCACAUUAGAAAUUGUUGUUUAACCUUUUGCUAUUAACUCAUAUAUUAAGAUCAUUUGAAUUCGCAUCUCAACAGAUAGUAAUUGCUUUUCCCUUCCUUUCAUAGUUUCUGUUAAAGUCAUGCCCUUGAAAUUUGCUAUGCAAAUGAUCAUCUGCUUACAUAUCACUUGGACAAAUAUCUGUCCUACAAAAAUAGAGUAAGGGACUUGUGUGGUUGAAAUGGAAGCAGCCAAGUCGUAGCUCCUGAAAUGGGGCCAGUUUGGGGGUCUAUUGGGCUCUCAGUCUUGCUUCACCUCUUUAUCCUGGGGCAAUUCCAGUCCUUAUCACAGGGCAAGAGGAAAAUGAGAGAAUUCCAAGCUGUGACUUUGGCUGGUGGGAAGGAGCUCUAGUAAAAGGAAUUGGUCAAGCACCCAGGAAGGGACCUAGCUAGAGCCUUCUGGGAUUCCUGUGGAUUCCAUGAUUUUUCUUAUGCUCUCUAUUUCCCAUGGCCACAAGUAGUUCAGCGUUGCCUACCUUUUAUUUCAUUCAAACCCCUUUGCUUAGUAGCUAUGAUUUCCCCCGAGCAUUGUCUCAUUUAGCCAAAGGUUCCUUAAAAUAUGAUAACCCAUUUCUCUCUCCCUCUUUAACUUGUUACCUGAAUAUUGGUACAAUUUCUCUCCUUCUGAGAACUUUGCUUAUUCCUCGUAAUCAUGUAAAUAUUUUUUUUUUUACUUUUUCAAUGUACUAAAUAUCUUUCAUGGUUUUUAACCAUUUUUAAGCUUACUAUAUUUUUAGUUGCAAUAAGGGCAAAAAAAAUCUUGAAAGUCUCCAAAUAUAUUCUGUAGUAAAAUUUGAACUCUUAAGCUAUUUGACCAGAUAAGCAGUUUUAUUGUAACAAUAAUAUCUGGUGACAUUCUUUUAAUAUCUACACAUAAUCAAAGUGUCACAACAUUUUUUAUGAAUUUAGACAUGUAUUAAGAGUUGUGAUUUCAUCAGUGUGGGAAUUAUGUCCAUUGAUGCUCUUUGGUGUUCUCUCACCCUGUGCAAUUCUUGAUCAUGUUCUCCAGCAGUUCUUUCUAAGGGAUCUACCCAGUAUGUGAAAGCCUUUCUUUUGGUCUUUUCCUGGGCAUGGGUGGGCCAGUGUACCUUCCAAACUGAUCGUCAGUUAUUCUUCAUUCAGGUUACAUGACCAGCUCUUCUCUCUCACAUGGGUGUCAUAGAUGGCUGCAUCCACCCUUACUAGUGUCCUUCAUGCCAUUUCUCUCAUACAAGUCAUUCUGAUGGGAUGCCGCCACUUGCUUCUGCCCACCAUGCAUCAUCUCAUUCCCUUCUGACUUGUUGAGAAUUUAGUCUGAUUCAUUGAGGUCCCUGAUUUGCAAAUGUCUAGUGCCACCAGGGGAAAAAAUUGGUCUUAAGGUGAUGGGCUGUGAUUUUUGGAUCAGUGAAAUCAGAAGUUUUGGAUAAGUGAAAAAACUGCUGUUUCCCAACAGCCUAGGCACUUCUUCCUGGUCAACUUCAGGCUCAGAACUUGAUUUUAAAAAUAGGACAGAAUCUGUUGAUUCUCUCUCAAUAUUCAAAUGACAGCUUUAAAACCAAAAUGACUAUUCAGGGCUUCAUUUUGUCCUGGUAGAGGUACAGGUUUCAUAUUUUGUUUUUAAGAUACAAAAGUAAAAAAGGGAUGACAGGAUAAUUUUUUACUAACUUUUUUUCUUAUAGAAAAUUUGAGUUGGCUUCAUUUGGAUUUUUUACUAUAAUUUUAAUGCAAAGGAUGAACAAACAGUAUUAUUUGCCUCAUGGUCACAUUUUAUUUUGAAAUGCUGCUUUAAAUGAUUUAUGCUUAAUUUGGAAAGGCUCAUAUUUGUAAACUAGGACCAUUAGCUCCUCCCACCAAAAUGAUUACCCUUUAAAGACUAAACUGUGAGCAAACCAUAGUUUUGGGAACAAACAUCUCCAGUUUUCCAGUGUUCUCUCCCUGAGCUUGAGGCAGUCAGAGCCUGUUGUUGUCCUGGAGGACAACCCUGACUUGUUGGGCUCCCAGGCUCCAAGGUGGUUGACUCAUGGCCUCCAAGCCUGACUUCAGUGUGAUCUCUUGUUGCAAUCCUGGGGCUGCUUGUUGGAGUUGCUUUGUCUUCCUCUUCUUCUCCCCUCACAGAACAAAGACUCAUCCUAGUACAUGGUCAAAGUACCAAGCUCAUUUCACAGAUAACAAACCAGACCAAACCGGAGCCUCAGACAACUCCACUAAAACCUGUUUUUGGGGGUCGAGGACUGAAAACCACUUGGGGGCCGAGUCAUCAAAUUAAAAGCUUUCUGUGCAUCCCAGCCAGCUCUUGAGGAUGGGGCUUUUGCUUUUUCCAGUUUUAUAAUUUGCCAGUUGUCUCCGAAUCGUGUUUCCUAGGUGUUUGGUUGGGUUUUUAUAAUUUUUUUUUUGCAAGAGUCCUAAUAAACAAGAUUAGGUUAGAACAGGGCAAGAGUAGCAUCUGAGAAAAGAGCAAAGGAACUGGGAGGGUUUGAAGAAGCUCUCAGAAACCACACAGAACUGGGAAGAGUCAGGGAGGGAGAGGUAGAAGGAGAAAAGUCACAGUCCCAUUCAUUCUCUGCCCUCCUAAAACAAGGAGGGAAGGAUGGUGGGCUUUGGGCUUCUCUGCUCCUACUCCCUUUGCCGUCAGGAAAGACUCGUCAGACUGAUGUUCUCAGACUGUGCCAUACGAUAUCUACCCUGCCUUGGAACACAUGUUGCUUCCAAAAAAUGCCUGAAUCUUUCUGACUCCAUUAUAGACAUGCCCAGUGAAUUCACCUUCAGGAUAGGAGAUGCUGUACAAACCAACCAAUAAAAACACUGUUGUAUAUACGUGGAUAUUUAAGAGCCUGGAGCUGUUACAUCCACUGGCAAAGUUCGUGGUGUGGAUGUCUUCCAAUAUUCACUUCUGUAACAGUAUUUGUUGAUGUCGUUCCACCAGCAACGCGAAUUCUAUUGUGAGCUCUUAGAAGACUAGAUUGUUCAGUGGUACAUUCGGCCAUCACCACAUCUAGUAGACAUGCGGUUAUCUUUUACUGUAACAUAGAGUAGCAGCAGUUCAACAUAGGAUAAUAAUCAGUGUUCAAGCUCAGUAUUUGAUGUAUUUUUAGGAUUUUUAAAGUCUUUCUUGCUUCGAUGUGAGGAUGGGGAAACACAACUGACUAGAACAUGUUCUGCUUCUCUCCCACCUCCCACCUGGGGUAGCAUUAGAGAGUGAAUUAAGCUCCUGAAAGGCUGGACAGUGUAGACAUAAAAUAUGCUGGUGAAAUCUAAGAGAGAAUGAAUGGAUGUAUUAGAAAGGCGGUAUCACAGCACUGUAUUUUUAUGGAUUUUAUGACAGUUUACAUGAUUAUGUAUGUUAAAUUUUAAAUUGUGAAAACACGUAUGUUUCCUAA